AAACAACCACCAUUCAUUAAUCCUGUAACUCAAUGCCAGAUUCCGCUGCACAAUCAUACAUUACCUUCCCAACUGGUCAUGACGAUUUGGUUCAUGAUGUAGCAUACGGUUAGUUUUGAGUUGUUUUUUUUCUCUGCUUUUCCCAGUGAUGAAAUUGGUGCUAAUGCCGAAGCAGAUUAUUACGGGAGACGAAUGGCUACCGUUUCUUCAGAUCAAAGAUUGAAAGUUUUUGAUCUAGGCGAUGACGGGGAGUGGGUUCUCAGCGAGUCCAUCCGAGCACACGAGGCCAGCAUUACAAGGGUGGGUCAUCCUUUGACCUCGGAAACGGUCGUAAUAAUGUUUAUAGUAGUGUGAUAGGUCAUCUGGGGACCCCCCGAGCAUGGUCAAAUAAUUGCGACAUGUUCUUACGACCGAAUGGUGAGAAUAUGGGAAGAGCAGGAAAUGGGUGAAUUACACUCAAUGCACCACCGUCUUUCGCAGAGCUGACCUGAACAGAGCCCAAAGGGUCUACACUCCGCUGGAAACGCCAAUUCCAAAUGACAUCCGAGAAGCGCACGGCAAUCUACGACAUAUCCUUUCCGCCGGCCACGGCGAGCACCGCGUCCGGCACCUCGACGGGACUGAAGAUAGCAUUCAUAUCAACCGACGGGAUAAUCCACAUCUACGAAUGUCGAGAACCCCAAGACUUAACGCACUGGAUAGCAGUGGACGUCAUAGACACACUCAAUGCGCCACCGGCAAAAGAGGUCGAAGUGUCCUUCUGCAUCGACUUCUGCCCCUCUCGUUGGAGCGGCGAGCAGCUUGUCGUCGGCGCAAUGAACAAAGUCCAAGUAUACCGGGUGGGCCGUGACACUGUCAAACUCCGACCAGUCGAAGAAUUGAAGGGACAUAGGGGCCUAGUCAGGGACGUAAGCUGGGCCGCAGGAAUGGGCAGGAGCUAUCACCUCAUAGCAACGGGGUGUAAAGACGGUCACGUCCGUAUAUUCAAACUCACUGCCGUGUCCAGCCACCUCGGUCCUCCGAGAAGCAAGUACUCCACUAACUCACCCAACUUCCGCCGCCAACAGCGCAUGGACACCCUCGGUGCUGGCCUAACGGGCGCGGACGAAAUCCUCCCGCCGAGCGGCAGCGACGAGACCAACAAUGCCAACAACGACGUAGGAGAGGGUUGGUCAGUAGAGCUCAUCGCAGACUUCGACGACCACCAUAGCGACGUUUGGAGAGUCUCUUGGAAUGCUACGGGAACGGUCCUGUCCAGCGCUGGUGACGAUGGCACCAUUCGGCUUUGGAAAGCUGCGUUUUCGGGGGAGUUUCAGUGCCUUUCUGUUAUUUCAUCGCAGAGAUCUGGGUAUGCACUUACUGAGGUCUUCUGAACUCCCUGUUUUUCCCACUUCGGGGGUUUCCUCUCCAUUUCCUGGCUUUGGUUUUGGAGAUUUUUGUAUUUUUCUGUUUAUCCAUAUGAAUGGGGUUGGAGGUAUGGUUUGGCUAACCGGUAUAUUUGCCCUUUUGUGAUUAUUAGGCGUAGGUAUAAUGAUGCGACUGAUGAAGAUUGAGGGAGAGGAGGGAGGGGGGGAGAGAGGGGAGGGGUGCUUAUCCUAAAGUUGGUUCACGUUAUUUUGUUUCCUCACAGGAAAUCCUAUCUCGGAGGCCUUUGUUAUGGUAUUAAUCUUUUUUGUUAGUGGGAUUGCUGUGCCCGGAGCACCCAUGGGGGGUUGGAAAUAUUACUCAUGUGAUUGCUCAAAGCGGAUACCCCCCUUGGCUCUGGUGGUGGGAUUUUUGGACAUGGCAAGUCACUCGAGGUACGGGGUAAAUAUCGAGUUAGAUAUUGCUAUUAUAGUCAGAUAUACGCGCUGCCUCGGCCAACGAACCUUUUCCUUCUAUAAGCACUCUCGGGGCUGUGUGCGCGGGUAACAUGCGAUACCAUAUCGAGCGGUGGGUGCGGAGUUGUGGUUGAAUAAAUACCAUGCCAAUUUGUAUAGCGGUGUUUGCCUUUGUAAAGAGUAAUUAUAGCAAGAGGCGGACUCUCCUUGCCUGGAAUACGGUGAUGUAC